AGGAGGAGGAGAGUGGAUGUUUGAGCAGUGAAGUCCAGCAGCAGGACCAGGCUGACCGGGCUCAUCAGGCUGGAGGGGCUUCAGCUACACAGCGGCUGCCUCUAUAUCACACUGUAGCUGUACUGUGUGUGUGUCGCUGUGCUGGAGCUGCAGCUUCUGCAUUAUUAUAUUCAUUAUCCACAUCCAGCGCUUAUAGCUUAAAUGCUACUCGGUCUCAGUUCCCUCGAAGACGAGAUUAGGUGUGAGGAAGAUGCGCAAGGACGUCAGGAUUCUGCUGGUGGGAGAACCCAAAGUGGGGAAGACGUCUCUGAUCAUGUCUCUGGUCAGCGAGGAAUUCCCAGACGUGGUUCCCUACAAGGCUGAAGAGAUCACUAUCCCGGCCGACGUCACUCCAGAGAGAGUUCCUACACACAUAGUCGAUUACUCAGAGGCAGAACAGACAGAUGAACAGCUGUAUCAGGAGAUAUCAAAGGCUAAUGUCAUAUGCAUUGUGUAUUCCGUCAAUAACAAGAAGUCGAUUGAAAAGGUAACCAGCCACUGGAUCCCGCUCAUUAAUGAGAGAACAGAUAAAGAUAGUAGGGUUCCUCUGAUCCUGGUGGGGAAUAAAUCAGACCUGGUGGAGCACAGCAGCAUGGAGACCAUCCUGCCCAUAAUGAAUAAAUACACGGAGAUAGAGACGUGUGUGGAGUGCUCAGCAAAGAAUCUAAAGAACAUUUCAGAGCUGUUUUAUUACGCUCAGAAAGCGGUCUUGCACCCCACCGGACCACUGUACUGCCCUGACCAGAAAGAGAUGAAGGCUGCGUGUGUCCGAGCGCUCACUCGCAUCUUUAAGGUUUCUGAUUUGGAUAAUGAUGGAAUUCUCAACGAUAACGAGCUCAACUUCUUCCAGAGAACAUGUUUCAACACGCCGCUGCCUCCUCAAGCUCUGGAGGACGUGAAGAACGUUGUUAGAAAAAAUACAACGGACGGAGUUUGUGAGGACGGCCUGACGUUGAAGGGAUUCCUCUUUCUUCACACGCUCUUUAUCCAGCGUGGUCGGCAUGAGACCACGUGGGCAGUCCUCCGUCGCUUUGGUUACGAUGAUGACCUGGAGCUGCAUCAGGAUUACCUCUUCCCUCCGUUAAAAAUACCUCCCGACUGCAGCACAGAGCUCAACCACAAUGCCUCGCUCUUCCUGCAGGGCGUCUUCGAUAAACACGACAAGGACCGAGACUGCGCGCUGUCCCCAGAGGAGCUUAAGGAUCUGUUUGAUGUUUUUCCCUACAUGCCCUGGGGCCCAGACGUCAACAACACAGUGUGUACCAAUGAGCAUGGCUGGAUCACCUACCAGGGCUUCCUCUCACAGUGGACGUUAACUACGUACCUGGACGUCCAGCGGUGCCUGGAGUAUCUGGGUUACCUUGGUUACUCCAUCAUUGCAGAGCAGGAGUCCCAGGCUUCUGCCAUCACAGUGACUCGGGAAAAGAGUCAGGAUCUGCAGAAGAAACAAACUCAGCGCAGCGUGUUCCUCUGUAAGGUGUUUGGGGGGCCCGGCAGUGGGAAGAGUGGGCUCCUGCAAGGUUUCCUCGGACGCAACCUCAUGCUUCAGAAGAUGAUCAGAGAAGAACACAAGUCAUAUUACGCUAUCAGCACUGCCCAUGUUUAUGGUCAAGAGAAAUACCUUUUGCUCCAUGAAGUCUUCCCAGAUUUUGACUUCCUGUCUGAGUCAGAUCUGUCUUGUGACGUUGUGUGCCUGAUUUAUGAUGUCAGUAACCCCUGCUCAUUUGAGUACUGCGCUCAGAUAUUUAAGCAGUACUUUGUGGACAGCAGGGUUCCGUGCAUGCUGGUUGCCGCGAAAGCAGACCUGCCAGAGGUUCGACAGCAGUUCAGCCCAAGUCCACUGGACUUCUGCAGGACGUACAGGCUGCCCCCUCCACAGAGCUUCACCUGCAACACCGCCGGCACCCCUAGCAAGGACGUCUUCAUCAAACUCGCCACCAUGGCCACAUACCCUCAUGCUCGUCUGCGCUGUAUGUGUACCUGUAACAGGUGCACCUUCUGCCUCUGUCAGAACUUCCUCAACUCAGAACUUCUUCACACGGUCAAAGCCAAACUCUACACGGCCAUCUCCAGCAGGCACAUGUCUCAGGUGGAUCUGAAGAGUUCCUCAGUGUGGUUGAGAGUCAGUCUGGGGGCAGCUGUCUUUGCUGUGUUGGGUUUCACUAUGUACCGCCUGCUGCUCAAGCCCCGGUGAUCACCCAGCGUCAUUAAAGCGAUAGUUUUACCAAACUAUUUCAGCCAAAUAAAUAGCCAAAACUCACAUUUAAAUAAAUCCCCUCACUUUCCUCAGCCAGCACAGUUUUGGUGUCUGAAAUUUGCUUCUUUAGUUUUAGCACUGGAGCUACUUUACAUACUGUUUAGACACAAUACACGCUAAUACAGACAAAAAUCAUGCUUUUAAAGCAGCUGCUGCCACACACACACACACACACACACACAGUGUUUUUUUAGAUAACAUGGAGUCAUACAGUGUCAGAAACCACACAAUCAAAUCUAUUAGAGAUACUGAAGAUUACUCCGAGAACAAUGCAGAUUCACCGUUUCUAUCUGUUUCUGAUGAUCAGGAGAAAACUUUGGUUUAAGUCCAGGACUUUUUAGUGGAUUUUAGUCUAAUCAGAUUAAAAUCUGUCUUAAAAUGUUUCUGAAAUAGUCCAAUUAUGCCACAAUUAGUGAUUCCAGUAGUGGUCGACUGAUAUGAGUCUUUCAAGAGCCGACAACAACAAUACAGACCACAAAUUACAAUAGUACUGCAAUUACAGAAAUGGCAGAUUUAUUAAAACAGAUCCUUUACAAAGCACUUCAAACCGUUGCUAUUCUUCUAUCAUUUUAAUUAAGAAAGCAAUAAAACAACGUAUCGAGAAAGUGUUGUACCCGCAAAACCUCACUAAAGUGUUGUAUCCUGCAGCCUCAAUAUAGUCCGUGUUUAUAGAUAGCAGUGAGUCAUACAGUGUCAGAAACCACAUAAUCAAGUCUAUUAGAGAUUCUGAACAUCUCCACAUGCUUUGAGGCAAAUAAUGAUAUUUGACAUGCUGUUAGCACAGUGCUAAUUGGUGGGACACAUGCUUUCAGUGCUUGUUAGCUACCUUCACAGCUCCAGUGCAGAACUUUAUAAAGAAUAAAACUUUAGACACCAAACGUGUUGGGUUGGGGUAAGAGGGGAAUUUGAUUCUGUCUUAGUUGAAGUUUUGGCUGAACUAUCGCUUUAACCCUCACUGCACCAGUUUAUGUGCUCAAGUCAUUCCUGCCUGCCAACACAAACACACUCCAUCUCUCAUUCACCCACUCAGUCCCUCUCUCACUUAACUGAGAACAGAAAAUUGUGAUUUGCAUUCUAUUUUAAAAGUUAACUGAUGCCCAGUUUCUAUCCAAGUAUUAAAAGGGAACUCCACCAAUUUUUAAAAAUGUAUGCAUAAUUUAUUCACUGAGGUGUAAACAGAGAGAUUUAGAGUG